GCCCAGGCAAUCGGCAGGUGAGCGCCGAGGAAGGGGCUGGAGCAGCGCUGCCCGCCCAGCGACGUCGCACCGGGAAGGUAGCGCAGUGCGGGGGCGCAGAGGAGGGCCGAAACGACAGCAAGGCUCCAACGAGCCGGCAUGCAGAAGCCCAUGGAGAAGUCCCAGAACUUCCGCAUCGACGCCCUGCUGGCCGAGGACUCGGGCCGGCCGGUCCCCAGCGUCUCCCCGGAGAGCUCCGCCGGGAGUCCCGGCGCCUGCCUGCGGACCGAGACGCCCUCUCCCUGCGCGCCGCCGGGCAUGGCUCCUCUGCCCACCGUCGCCUUCAUCCCGAAGCCCGGCUUGCUGAACCUGCCCCCGCCGGCACUCGGCGGUUUGCCAGCCAUCUACCCGCCCCCGCUGUACCCCGUCCCGGCUCUGGCCGGCCAGCACCCCGCCUUCGCCUACCCCGCCGCCUUCCCCCCGCUGUCGCAGCCGGGAGCCGAGCAUCUGAAGGCGGCCGCGGGGGUCGGUUCCUUCCCGCUGGAGCACUGGAUUCGAGCCGGGAUCAUGGCGCCCCGCUUCCCGGAUUUCCACGGUUCCCCACCAUCCAAUCUGAUGGGCAAAUGCCGUCGACCUCGAACAGCUUUUACCAGCCAGCAGCUUCUUGAGCUGGAGAACCAGUUUAAGAUCAACAAAUAUCUCUCACGGCCCAAACGUUUCGAGGUGGCCACGUCGCUGAUGCUAACCGAGACACAGGUGAAAAUCUGGUUUCAGAACCGCAGGAUGAAGUGGAAGCGAAGUCGGAAGGCCAAGGAGCAGGUAACCCAAGCUGAAGUGGAGAAGCAGAGAGUGGUGAGCAAGGCCCCAGAAAAACUGCUCCCUGGAGAGGGGCGAGGAGAAGAGGAAGAAGAGAAGAGCUGUGGGGGUGAAUGUAAGAAACACAGGGCCAGUGUGCAAUUCCUGAACCACAAUGCCGACACCUUCAGCUUCAGCUCGGACCCUUCGGGCUCAGAAGAGGAAGAGGAAGUGCAGAACCCCGCUCACAGGGAGAGGAACGUCCUGCUAUGAGCAGUUCUUGUUGAGCCCCAAAAGAAAGACAGUGAGAGCAUCCAGGAAUGGACCAUCAAAAAUAGUUUUGUGCUCUUCUCCUGCUCAUAGACUUUUAGAAAAGAAGAACUCUGCCUGGGCUAGUGCCCUGGUUAAACUGUGCUGCUUAAUUUAUGUGUGUUUGGAAUAUAUUUAUCGUGUAAUUGUUCUGUAAGUGUAUUGGGGGGUGGGAUUAGAGGCAGUUCUUGCCUUGGUAUUCCCUUUGUCUGGCUAUAAAGAUUAUGACUGCAACAGAUCACCAGGCUGGGAUUUGCUUUGCUAAUAAUGAUUUCAAGGCAUUAUCCAUACAAGCAACUGAUUAAUAUUUAUGGCUGAGAUGGGACCAAGUUCCAUUUCAAUUUUAGGAGUCUCUAGCUUGUGAUAUCAAAACAGAUUUCUACCCUUACAUGAUGAGGGCCCAAUUAAAGAUUUGAGAUAGUGUCUUGUCAAUACUGGUUGCGAGGACAAAACAAAAGUCUCUGUCUACUUGGUAACUUCUAACUAAUUGCAGAAGAGAGAAACAGAACACGUGGAGACCUAGAUGAUAGGAAGCUGAUCUGAGAAUGAAGGAAUGAAUACAUUAAGUACUCUGGGCCAUCUACAACACAGUGCUCAGAAAAGGCUCAGCAUAAGGUUAUGAAGUCUGUGGCAAUAAUAACCCAGCCAGUAGGAAUUCUCUCUAUGACUAAAUACAUUUUUUGAUGUGAAUUAGUGAAUUUAAUUCACUAAUUGUAUUGCCAGGAGAACAAUAAGCAAAUCAAAGUGAAUAUAGCAAAGUCUGCUCUGGAAUACAGUAAUGUAAUUUGAGAUUAAUCAUGGCCUAGCAUUGCAUCCUGGUGGGCUGGCUCAGUGGUUGCUCAAAAACCAUUCAGAUUAACGCAAGGGAUUUCAGUGACACAUUUGAAGUUUACCUAGGCUAGGCAACACAUUGUGGUAACCACAAUGUUUAUUAUGCUCCCAAAUUAUAAGCGUUCCUCAGGUGUGGUCUCUCUGUUCCACAAGGGAAAACCUUCUGUACAGAUAGUCAACUAUUCUGCUGAACACUUGCCAAUUUGUCCAGUCAGGAGUUACCCAUCCAAGUUAUCAAUCAAGCCUUCAGUAAUCCAUAUGCUCAGUUCCUAAGCAUCCAGACAUGCUAUCCAGUGGAUAUAUAUUUUUAAAAGUUUUAUUUAUAUAUAAAACCUAGAGCCCUUCCUCUUUUUAGAUCCACAUGUUCUAAAGCAUUCCUCCAAGUGCCCAUCAGUCAUGUAUCAAGGUGAGGGGAGCAAGGUACAAA